AUGGCAUUGAAGAGAAUACAAAAGGAAUUGCAGGACCUGCAGAAUGACCCACCGGCACAGUGUUCUGCUGGACCUGUUAGCAGCGACUUGUUUAAUUGGCAGGCGACAAUUAUGGGUCCGGGCGACAGUCCUUACCAAGGAGGAGUUUUCUUUCUCACAAUACACUUCCCCACCGAUUACCCCUUCAAGCCACCAAAGGUAGCGUUUACAACAAAGAUUUAUCACCCAAAUAUCAACAGCAACGGGAGUAUUUGUUUGGACAUUCUACGCUCGCAGUGGUCUCCUGCUCUAACCGUCUCAAAAGUGCUAUUGUCCAUAUGUUCUUUGUUGUGUGACCCAAACCCAGAUGACCCUUUAGUUCCCGAUAUAGCACAGAUCUACAAGAAUGACAAAGAGAAAUACAACAGACUAGCGAAGGAAUGGACCAAUAAGUAUGCCAUGUAA